AUGUCACUGCGGCCAAGCAUUUUUCGCCUGAGCAAGACGCUAACGAAGGCUCAGCAGCUGCUUUUGAGUGCCACGGCCGACAGGGCGGGUGCAUGUGGUUUAGAAGAAGAGAAACGAGCCGAGUUUUUGAGGUAUAUUCGUCGUUUGGGGGUGUUGUUGUCCUCCGUGGAGCUGCGGAUGACCGCAUUGGAUGAUGAUGGCGGUAGGGAUGAGGCGGUCGCGCGCCUUGUUUCCGCCGCCAAGAAAUUUUUGUCGGACGUGUUGCUCUCAGCGCAUGGACGACAAGGCGGCAUUCCUCUGUCAUGUGUGGGCUUGUUGUGCCGGGAACGAUCUCCCAAGCACCCGUUUGCCGUGAGUGAGCCAUUUUUGGUACAAGAGGACCUCCGCGGCAUGAGCGAGACGGCAUAUGUAUUCCCUUGCAUGUACCACCACCAUAACGAGGCAUCCAAUCCGCAAGAAAUAUCGACGUGUUUACGGCUCAAUGAUGCGAACACUCACGCCCAUUCCGUGCCGACCGCGACUGGAGAAGAGGCGGCGCACGCGAAGGUGAUGGAAGACAUUCGUGAGGCCAUUAAAGGCAUGAAGGAAGGAGUUACUCGUAUGAGCGACAUGAUGCAGCAGGAGCGGCUGCGACUGGAUGCAAACUCGGAGUUGCUGCAGCGCGGUGUGGAUGGUACCUCAGCGCAGUCACGUCAUAUGGAUCAAUUAGGUUACGCGUUUGGCGGCGGGCCAUCUCUACCACGUUGUCUCUCUUGUAUACCAGGCGCAAAAAUAUUUUGGCAGACAGUUGUUGCGCCCAUGUGGGUGGUUAUUAGACAGGCCAUAUUUUUAUUUAUGAUUGUUGCAAUAACAUGCAGCGUGUUGCUAUUGAUGGUAACAGCCCCCAAAACAUACGUAUAUGUUCGCUAA